AUGGCGCCCUCUCGCUCUCUCUCUCCCGUCUCGGGGGGAUCCCACGAGGUCUCGAGCUCGUCAGAGACAGAUCGAAUCGAAUUGAAUACCCGAACACCCAAGAGACGACGCCUCUCCGAGUCGUCCAACGACUCCUAUGUGGCUCCGGCGCCGCUCCCAACCCUCUCCCGGAUCAAGAAGAAAGAUGCCAACGACGACAAGUCUGUCACUAGUUGUAAGGAUGAAAACCCAGUCCUGAUUCGGGAUGCGAUUGAGAUCGGGCUCCAGAAUGCGGAGUCUUCUUUCAAAAGUAUCAAUGUGGCUUCUUGGCUCGUUGGGUCCCUCACUACCAUGGCUAUCCGGAAACCCACUGCAAUUCAAAAGGCCUGUAUCCCGGAGAUCAUGAAAGGUAGGGACUGUAUCGGAGGUAGUAGGACGGGUUCGGGAAAGACGAUCGCGUUUGCGGUUCCAAUCUUGCAGAAAUGGGCAGAGGAUCCUUUUGGUAUUUUUGCGGUGGUGUUGACGCCUACAAGAGAACUCGCACUCCAGAUUUUCGAACAGAUCAAGGCGAUUUCCGCACCGCAAAAUAUGAAGCCCGUGCUCAUCACCGGAGGUACCGAUAUGCGAUCUCAGGCGAUCGCCCUGUCGCAACGACCCCAUGUGGUGAUUGCGACACCCGGCCGUCUCGCUGACCACAUCAACACGUCCGGCGAGGAUACUGUGUGCGGACUGAAGCGGGUUCGAAUGGUCGUUCUGGACGAGGCGGAUCGACUGCUCGCUCCCGGCGCAGGCAGCAUGCUUCCCGACGUGGAAACCUGUCUAUCGGCACUCCCUCCGUCCAGUGAGCGUCAAACUCUCCUUUUCACCGCGACCGUGACGCCCGAGGUCCGCGCCCUGAAAGACAUGCCCCGACCAUCGAACAAACCACCCAUCUUCGUGACCGAAAUCUCCACCGAAAACAGAGACACGGUACCACCGACCCUCCGACAAACGUACCUCAAAGUCCCCAUGACCCAUCGCGAAGCCUUCCUGCACGUCCUGCUCUCCACCGAAGGCAACGCCUCCAAAUCCGCCAUCAUCUUCUGCAACCAUACCAGGACUGCCGACCUCCUCGAACGCAUGCUCCGUCGACUCUCCCAUCGCGUCACCGCGUUGCACAGUCUACUCCCCCAGUCCGAGCGAAACGCCAACCUGGCGCGGUUCCGCGCCUCCGCGGCCCGUCUUCUCGUCGCCACGGACGUCGCCUCCCGCGGUCUGGAUAUCCCCUCUGUUAGUCUGGUGGUUAAUUUCGACGUGCCGCGUAACCCAGACGAUUACGUGCACCGCGUGGGUCGAACGGCGCGUGCCGGUCGGCGAGGCGAGGCCGUGACCCUGGUUGGUCAGCGCGAUGUGCAGCUGGUGCUAGCCAUCGAGGAGCGAGUAGGUCGGCAGAUGGAGGAAUGGGCCGAAGAAGGCGUCAGUGUCGAGGGACGGGUGGUGCGUACCGGUGUCCUCAAAGAAGUCGGUCAGGCGAAGCGAGACGCAAUGGGGGAGAUUGAAGAGGGUCGAGACGUGUUGGGACGGAAACGGAAUAAAUUGAAAAAGGUGCGAUGA